UUAAAAACAUAUUUAAUGCUGGACUACCCCUUUAAACGUGAUACUUAACACCGGAGAAAGUUAAAGUGAUGAUAUAUUUUGUACAAGACAGAUUUUAAUUUUCUGACCAGAAAACCUGUAAACACAUAACUCAUGUUACAAAUACAUGAGCAUCACCAGAGUUAUGGCUGUUUGUUUCCAUCUUUCCACUGAUAUUCAGUAAAACCUUAAAUCACAGCAUUGUCCUCAUCCACUGUUUGAUCUGUCCACACGGCUUAUUUAAUCAUUACCCACAGCCCAGCCACGACUUCACUGAUGUUUGCCCUCAAGUUAAAGCUGCCUUGCCUUGCUGUUUGGUGAGUGUAAUGGGGUUAAUAGCCACAGGUUGCCAUACUCUAAUCACGUGACCACGUGUUUCUCCUCACAUGCUCUGCAGUCUCAGCUUUAUCACCCCAUGAAGUCAAAACACAGACUCCCAAAACUGUUUAGAUACACCGGCAGACUUUCAGGGUGCACAAACGACUCAAACAAGAAAGGAUGUUAGUGGACAGAUCGGGUGGGCUGUGGUGAGGGGGGGAGCAAACCCCUAGAGAGAGAGAGAGAGAGAGAGAGAGAGAGAGAGAGAGACGCAGCGCCUCUCUGCAUCCUCCUCAGCCCGGCAGAACCCGCCCUCCCUCCUUUUCUGCCUUUCUGCCAGCUGACUGGAGGUGAAGGUGUUUCUCGUCGCGUGCCAUCCGGCUCGGAUCGCUUGCCUCAGGUUUGAGUGUCUGGUUUGGCUGCUAGACCAGGUGAUGACAGCGGAGGGAAACGAAGUCAAAGCACGAGAGAGCGCGGCCAGGAUCCCGGAGAGUGCAGAGUAACGCGGACAGAAGCAACUUCUCGGGGCUGUGUCCUUGGGGUGGUCCGCGUCUCGCACCACGUCUCUUGGCACAGAGAAGGUUGGUAGGAAAACUCGCUGUCACUUGGGUCAGAGAUGGAUUUGCCGGACGACUACCUGCUGGCUGAGCUGCAGCUCUUCAACGAAUCCCUUUUCCACAACAACUUUAGCGGCCCCUACAACGAGACGGAUACUUUACUGCCAACAAGUGUGAAGGUCACCAUCGUGGUCGUCUACAUGAUCGUCUGUGUCAUUGGCCUCGUGGGAAACUUCCUGGUCAUGUAUGUUAUCAUAAGAUACACGAAGAUGAAAACGGCCACUAACAUAUACAUCUUUAACCUGGCUCUGGCUGACUCUUUGUUCCUGGCUACUCUGCCUUUCCAGGGCACUGAUGUGUUUCUGGGUUUCUGGCCCUUUGGAAAUGCCCUGUGCAAGACGGUGGUGUCUAUCGACUACUACAACAUGUUCACCAGCACCUUCACCCUGACGGUGAUGAGUAUAGACAGAUAUGUGGCUGUCUGCCACCCUGUCAAAGCACUAGACAUGAGGACUCCUCACAAGGCCAAGGUGGUGAAUAUCUGUGUGUGGGUGUUGGCUUCUGCCUUUGGCGUCCCAGCUAUGGUCAUGGGAAACGUAGAGGAGGAGCAAGAGCACAACAGUGUUGAGUGCAUUGUGGCUUUACCUGAACCAAAGAAUUACUGGGAUUCUGUCUUUGGCACCUGUGUUUUCCUCUUCUCGUUCCUCAUCCCAGUGGCUAUUAUUAGCAUCUGCUACAGUUUGAUGGUCAAACGCCUGCGAAACGUUCGCAUCCUCUCCGGCUCCAAGGAAAAGGAUCGCAAUCUGCGGCGCAUCACCCGGAUGGUCCUGGUGGUGGUAGCAGCAUUUGUCGUCUGCUGGACUCCCAUCCAGAUCAUGGUCCUGGCUCAGUCCCUGGGCUUCAACCUCAGCAGCUUGUACACGCUGGUCAUGAUGCACUUCUUCAUCGCCCUGGGCUACGUUAACAGCAGCCUGAAUCCCGUACUCUAUGCCUUCCUGGAUGAAAACUUUAAGCGCUGCUUCCGGGAGUUCUGCCAACCGUCUCCAUUCCGACUUGAUACCCAGCAGUCAGGCAGGAUGAGGAGCAUUGCCAGGGAGGUGGCAGCAGCCUACAGCUGCAAGGCUGGAGAUGAUGGGAGGCUUGGGGGAGGGACACCUAAUCCCGCAUGACUAGGCGUGGAGCUCCCUUUGGUGGGGGUAGACCCCCCACAGAGGGGAGAAACUCAUGGAACAGGGAACUCCAACACAGAAUUGACUCAGAUUACAGCUCUCUAGCGGCACGAACCCUCCCGCCCCCCAACUAGAAGGCUGGCCUGGGGCGGGGGGGAGAGAGAUGAGGAGGAUGGGGUUGAAAGGAAAAGAAUUUAGAAAGGGAAUAACAAACAGCACUGGUAGGUGCAGACAAAACCAUGUUGAAAAGACAUGUACUUUGAUGGGAAUGGUGGUGGAUUUCUUGGUGGAAGUUUCCAGAAAUGAAUGUAGCUCAACCCAGACUAUCAUCAUAACUUCAUAAACUGAGACUAACUGAUUUUUGACCGGAGAUAACCAAGUUGCAGAAAAACAUGAAGAAAUCUCGCUUAAGGAGUCAACUUUGUUCUUAAAAGUGGUAAAAGCAUAAUUUCACAUUGGUCUCAGCUCCAAACAGCUAGCCUCAUGAGCAGACGGGGUUCUGCUGAGGCUGGGGCCCAGUUGCUGCAUCUCUCAACAACUACCUAACUUCAUACUGGUAUGGAAGCUCACAGUUUCAGAAAGUGUUUUAAAGAACAGCAGAUCAGUAACAAUCACAGAUACCAAAUCUGUGAAACCAUCAGCACCACUUCAGUGGUUGAAGACAGAAUAUAAAUAAGAAGUGGCACACGGAUGGGGGGUUUCACCAUGAAGUGAAGACUUGUGUGGAAAUUGGUGAAAUGGAGAAAAAAAACUCUCACCAGUUUACCGCAGAUUAUAUUUGGUUUGAAUAACUUUCAGAAGAAUUGGAUAACAGUGUCCUGAUGACUUCAGAGUUAUGAAGACUGAUGGUCUCACUAAAAAUGGUUUACUCUGCUCCUGGAAAGAGUUGUGAUGUUUGGAUAGGCAGGAAGUUCAAUGUAAGAGCUGUAAAAAAUAAAAGAGAGACAAAAAUAGCCAAUAAGAACUAUGUGUGACAAAUUACUCCUUAACAAUACUUCUUUAAUUAUGUCAGUUGACCUUAAUCAGGUCACAAGAAUGUUCUCACUCAUCCAGGGAAACUCUCUCAAAGUAUCCUGAACAAAGCAAAACUAAGAAAUCUGGUUCUAAAUCAAAGUUAUAAGAAUCUUCAGGAGAUUUUUACGAUUACCUGUGGGGUAUUGGGAUCAGGGAUGGGGGGUGUAACUUUAAAAUGACAUGAAAACUGGAAAACAUGAGUAGCGUUCAGAC